AUGACUCCGCCAUUUUAUCCCAACUAUAGCAUUUUUUUUUUUAUCCUUUUCUUAUGGCUUAUUUUCUUUUUUGUUUGUUUCUUUCUUUAUUUCCUGCCGUUCAUUUUUUUCAAUCAUUCAUUUUUGGCUUCCUUAUUUAAAUCAUUCACUGUUGUAUUUUACUUCUUUCGUUUUUUUUCUUUUUCAAUAAAUCAUUCCUUUUUUUCCUUCACUUUUGCGUUCACUACGUUUUUUCUUCAUUAUUUCUUUUUGAUUCAUUUUUUCAAUAUCUGUAUAAAUCUACCUCGGUCUGUUCUAAUCUAUCUAUCUAUCUCUAUCUAUCUAUCUAUCUAUCUAUCUCACCUGUUCAAAUCUAUCUAUCUAUCUAUCUAUCUAUCUAUCUAUCUCAGUCUGUUCAAAUCUAUCUAUCUAUCUAUCUAUCUCUAUCUAUCAUCAGACGAAAAAGGAACUUCAUCUAUCGUCGAAGAAGCAAAGCGUUUAACGUCUUCAAUUUUGAUGACUUGUUUGUUUCUUUCUUUCCCUUUUUUCCUUCCCCUCUCUUUUUUCUUUCUUUCUUUCAUUCUCUCUCUCUCUCUCUCUCUCUCUCUCUGUUCUUUCUUUCUUUUUUCUUUCAUUUUCAUAUUUAUUUCUAUCUUUUUUAGUUGUUACUUUCCCUUUUUCUUUUCCUCUUUAUUUUUCUUUUCAUUUUUUGUUUCUUUCUUUUCCUAUUUUAUUUGUUUCUUUCUUUUUGUUUCUUUCUUUUUUGUUUGUUUCCUUCCUCUUUCUUUCUUUCUUUUUUCUUUCUUUCUUUCUUUCUUUCUUUCUUUCUUUUCUUUUUCCCCAGGUCUUGUAUUCAUUUCUCUCUCUCUCUCUCUCUCUCUCUCUCUCUCUCUUUGUUUGAUUUUUUAUUUUAUUUUAUUAGGCUUUUUCGUUAUAUUUUUUCCUUCUUUCGAACACUCUUUUCUUGUUUCUUUCUUUCUUUCUUUUUCUCUCACUCCCUCUCUCUCCCUUUCUUCGGUUUUGCUACUGCCGCUGCCUUUUCUUCGGUGCUUGGAAGAGGAAGGAGUCUUAGACUUUGAUCCUUUCCUCGACAUCUCCUUCCAUCCAUCGAAGACAUCGAUCCUUUCUGUCCCCACCGUUUCCUUGGCUGUUGCUGGUUCGGCCUCUGGCGCCGGAUUCGUCCGGGACACGCUUUUUUCAAGUGCUCUGUGGCACCGCAAGACUACGAAGGAAGCAGAAAGUCUCCAGUGGCAAUUUCCGCCUUACUCUUUUGAUAACUUCCUCCAUUGUCUCCUUGCUAUUUCCUCCAUUGUCUCCUUGCUAUUUCCUCCAUUAUCUCCUUGCUACUUGCUCCGUUGUCUCCUUGCUAUUUCCUCCAUUGUCUCCUUGCUGCUUCCUCCAUUUUUCCCUUGCUAUUUCCUCCAUUGUCUCCUUGCUAUUUCCUCCAGUGUCUCCUUGCUAUUUCCUCCAUUGGCUCCUUACUACUUCCUCCAUUGUCUCCUUGCUAUUUCCUCCAUUGUCUCCUUGGUACUUCCUCCAUUGGCUCCUUACUACUUCCUCCAUUGUCUCCUUGCUAUUUCCUCCAUUGUCUCCUUGCUUUUGAGAGCUACUCCGUUGACUCGAUGCUACGUCGAGGCUUUUGAGAGAUUCUUCCGUUGUCUCCCCACCCUAUCUUUCGAGAACUUCCUUCAUUGUCUCCUUGCUAUUUCCUCCAUUGUCUCCUUGCUACUUGCUCCAUUGUCUCCUUGCUAUUUCCUCCAUUGUCUCCUUGCUACUUCCUCCAUUGUCUCCUUGCUAUUUCCUCCAUUUUCUCCUUGCUACUUCCUCCAUUGUAUCCUUGCUAUUUCCUCCAUUGUCUCCUUGCUUUUGAGAGCUACUCCGUUCACUCGAUUCUAUGUUGAGGCUUUUGAGAGCUUCCUCUCUCGUCUCCCUGCUACGUCGAGGCUUUUGAGAGCUUCUUCCGUUGUCUCCCCACCACCAUGUUGA